AUGGAUAACCUCUGGGCCCGCCGCACAAACUCCGGCAAGCUCUCCCUCUCGACACCCGGUCAAGGGUCCAGUGGUGAUUCCUUCAGUCGCAAUGCUUCCUUUCCAAAGCGCCAAGGCGGCGAUACCCCGUCGUCGAGCAAACAGAACCCCUUCAACACUACACCUGGCGGCCUGGUCUCCCCCACCAGCGGUGCCUCCAGCGCCUUUGGUCUAGGCUCUGGAGCUUUCGCCUCCUUUGGGUCUGCGAAAACACCCAAGUCCUCGGCCAAUCCUUUCGACUCGGCUAUGGGCACCGCGGUUGCAAAGUCUGGCCAGCCCAAGGACUUGUCAAAGGUUGUGGGGAAGGCCCCCAGCAUGGCCUCCAUCUCUGAGGGUUCCCAGGGGGCCGCGGCGGCCGCUCCUGUAUCACACCAGCUCAUGGAGCCCUGGACUUUCUGGUACCGACCCCCGAUUUCCAAGGCCCACGGCUUCAUCGAAUACGAGAAGACCCUGCACGAGAUUGCUACUGUGCGGACGGUGGAGGAGUUUUGGGAGAUCUUUUCCUACCUGAAGCGCCCCUCCUCGCUUCCGGUCGUGUCGGACUUCCAUCUCUUCAAGAAGGGCGUCCGGCCCAUCUGGGAGGACGAUGUGAACAAAAAGGGUGGCAAGUGGGUUGUUCGGAUGAAGAAGGGCGUGGCCGACCGGUACUGGGAAGACCUCAUGCUCUCCCUCAUUGGGGAUCAGUUUGGUGACGCUGGAGAGGACGUUUGUGGUGCCGUGCUCAGUGUAAGGAAUGGAGAGGACAUUCUGAGCAUCUGGACCCGAACGGAUGGUGGCCGCGUCAUUAAGAUUCGUGAGACCAUGAAGCACGUCCUCAACUUCCCUCCCAACACUCGAGUGGAAUUCAAGAGCCAUGACUCUAGUAUCCAGCAACGAACGGCUAUCGAGGAGCAGCGCCGCGAAAAGGCGGGACAGCACCAUCACCACGAUAAGCGUCACACAGGUGGCGUGUCGAAGCAGCCCUCAGAGCAAUCCUAG